AUGGCGGAUCAGANUUCGAAGCCGUUGCAGUUUUUCGUGAGACUACUCGACGGGAAAUCGAUUACCCUAAAUUUCCCAUCUCCGUUAGCCUAUGGAGAUCAGAUCAAGCAGCGGAUCUUCGAACAGACGAAGAUUCCGACGCAUCUACAGCGUUUGAUAUGCGGAGGAUAUCAGAUCUCCGACGAAUCCGCCGUUUCUCAGUCUGAUUCCACCGUGAAUCUUGUCCUUUCUCUCCGUGGAGGUAAAGGAGGUUUCGGGUCGCUGCUUCGUGGUGCGGCGACCAAAGCUGGUCAGAAGAAGACCAAUAACUUCGAUGCGUGUAGAGAUAUGAGUGGAAGGAGAUUGAGGCAUAAGCAAGCGAAGAAAGUGAAACAAGGUGUUGGAAAUGGAGCGACACAGAAGUACGUGAAGAAGUAUAGAGAAGAAUCUGAUAAGUGCAUCGAAGCUGUGGAUUUGGCUUUGAAAGAAUCUUUUCAGAAUGGGAAGAGGAAAGGGAAGAUUGAUGCAGAAUCUGAAAAGAAGGGAAAAAGAGCUGUUGAAGCUAGUGACAGUGAUGAUAGUAGCGACGAGGAAGAUGAGAAAUCUGUUGUUUUAAACAAUGGUAGCCAAGUUGUUUCAGAUAAGGAUAGUGAUGAAAGCUCAGGAUCGGUUAUGGCUGGAGCCCGUGAUGGUGAUUCUUCUGGUAAAGAUUCUAGCAAUAGUGGUUCAGAGGAAGAGAAAGACAUUGUAGUGUGCCAAAGUUCAGAUGUACCUAAGGGAGAGAUCACUGGUGUUCAAGUGAUUAACGAAGAAAAGAUGGAUGAUUCACCUGUCGCAGUUGCUGAUGCAGUGGGUCAAACUGAAAAGGAGGAGAAUUCAAGUGGAGACGCAGAAAAGAAUCUGGUCGAAGUAGCUUGUGAAACGCUAAUUACUUCUGUAGCUGUUAAGAAUCAAGGCAAUGAUUCUGAAGUAAAGCCAGAAGGAGUUGCUGGAGAAACAGGCAAACCUGUCGAACCGCUUAACUUUGAUGAUUUCAGUUCAGCAACAUAUAUGGAGGCUCUGGGGAUGGAGAGAUUAAAGACAGAGCUUCAGUCACGCGGACUGAAAUGCGGAGGGACAUUGCAAGAGCGGGCUGCGAGGCUAUUCUUACUUAAAUCAACACCGCUCGAUAAGCUCCCAAAGAAAUUGCUGGCCAAGAAAUGA